AUGGGCCCUCUGUCCGAUCCGACCGGCCACCAGCACUACCAGUCCGCCAUGGGCGAGGUGACAAAACAGCUGCGGAGGCCGAACCUCCAGCGGAGCAUGUUUUCCAGGGCACGGACGACCCCUACCGACCUUGUGCGGUCAAAGCUUUCCACGACAGAGAUACAACAGCGGGCACUGUCAUACGUACCAGAUGCCUUGCUUAAGGACAUCCCUGAGGAUGAAAACUCCUACUCGCUGUUUCAAGGCUUCAAGGCCUCCUUCCCAGAUUUCACCGACGAUGGAAAGAAGCACAGGAGAAGGGUCUCGAGGGGAAGGAAAUUGAUCGAGGACACACGGAUCGAUCCCAACAGCCCGCAGGCGGUACAGAAACUUCAAAAGGAAAAGGCCGCCAUGUUGCACGAAUUCGAGAUGUUGGGCGUGCGGAAGAAUAUGGCAAGCAGCGAGAUCCGGGAAAUCGACAACAAGAUAGCAAAUCUAUUGGGGAUGCGGAAAAUUAUCUUGGAGAGGCUGGCCGGCUUUGAACAGGACGAAGCGGUCCUAGAACACGAUAUUGUCGAUGUGGAGAACCGCUUAGAGGAGGCUGAAGAGCUGGUCGCCGAAGCCGAGUCCGUGGCAGCCCUCACGCCAACCAAGGGCAGUGACGCUGGGGAAGACGACGGGGACUCAGGCUUUAUGUCACAGUCGAUAUACGAGAAGUUGCCAUCCGCUCAUAGCACGCCCACCAAGUCGAAGAAGCCAAGAAGUCUGCGGAGAAAGUCGAUGCCAAUCUUACAUGAGCACAUCGAGCCGGGCACCUCUAUUCGGGAGAUUCGUGCUCACCAGGACUCCAUCACAGCCAUGGACUUCGACGCUCCCUUCGGCACAAUGGUCACUUCUGCUCUGGACGACACUGUGAGGGUUUGGGACCUGAACGCAGGACGCUGCAUCGGAGCCCUUGAGGGCCACACAGCCUCUGUCCGAACCCUGCAGGUCGAAGACAAUAUUUGCGCUACGGCAUCUGUGGAUGCUACGAUCCGCUUGUGGGACCUCAGCAAAGCACAGUACGACCCUCUAGGCGGGCAACUCGAUCAGGACGAAGAUGAAGACGGCAUGGCCUUUGAGAACCCGGAAGACCAGCCUGUAGACCCACCCGCGGGAAGCAUGGACGGCUGCGCCCUGACGACAUUACAAGCGCACAUGGACGAGGUCACUGCCCUUCACUUCAGGGGCAAUACUCUGGUAUCUGGCUCAGCUGACAAGACAAUCCGACAAUGGGACCUGGAGAAGGGGCGGUGCGUGCAGACCCUGGACGUGAUGUGGGCUGCCGCUCAGGCCUCAGUCACUUUGGGAGAGAACACUUGGAAAUCGACAAGCCGCGCGCCUGUACCAAACGCCGACUUUGUUGGCGCAUUGCAGGUCUUUGACGCCGCGCUCGCGUGCGGAACAGCUGAUGGAAUGGUCAGGCUUUGGGAUCUGCGUAGUGGUCAAGUUCACCGGAGCUUAGUCGGCCACACCGGACCCGUGACGUGUCUUCAAUUUGACGACGUUCACCUGGUAACAGGAAGUCUGGACCGGAGCAUUCGGAUAUGGGACCUCCGAACUGGGUCCAUUUAUGACGCAUACGCUUACGAUCACCCCGUCACGGCCAUGGCGUUUGACAACCGGAGAAUAGUCUCGGCCGCAGGCGAAGACGUGGUCAAGGUAUACGAUAAGCUGGAGUCUCGCCAGUGGGACUGCGGUGCUGGGGUCAAAGCCGCGAGGAGGGCAAGGCGCCGCCGGCUACUGUGGGACGCGUGGCCCUACAAGAUGGCUAUUUGCUGGAAGGCCGCCAAGAUGGCAUUCCCUGAGGCAGGCAACGAGCGAUCCUAG